GGUAGUACUCCUAUAUUGGCCUGCCUGCCUGCCUACCUGUCCUGUCCGUCCACCUUGCUGUGUUAAAUGCGUUUCUAGCGUAGCGUAGCAGAUCCAACAAACACCUAGCAGCAGCAGCAUUGGUACGUACUCCUCCUAGUCCUAGCUAGUGAGUGAGCGUGAGGAGCAGUGAGCAUGGCGUCGCCACAGCUACAGCUGCAGGUACUAGCGCUGCUGCUGCUGCUCGCCACCACGGCCACGGCCACGGCGACGCCGACGCCGACGCUGAUAUUCCUUUUGGGCGGGCAGUCCAACAUGGGCGGUCGCGGCGGCGCCACCAACGGGCCGUGGGACGGCGUGGUGCCGCCGGAGUGCGCCCCGUCACCUCGCAUCCUCCGGUUGUCCCCUGAGCUCCGGUGGGAGGAAGCGCGGGAGCCCCUCCACGCCGGCAUCGACGUCCACAACGUGCUCGGCGUGGGCCCGGGGAUGUCCUUCGCCCACGCCCUCUUCCGCGCCAUCCCGCCCUCCACCGUCAUCGGCCUCGUCCCCUGCGCCCAGGGAGGCACGCCCAUCGCCAACUGGACCAGGGGCACGGAGCUGUACGAGCGGAUGGUGGGGCGCGGCAGGGCGGCCAUGGCCACCGCCGGUGCAGGUGCAGGGGCCAGGAUGGGGGCGCUGCUGUGGUACCAGGGGGAGGCGGACACCAUCCGGCGGGAGGACGCGGAGGUGUACGCCCGGAAGAUGGAGGGCAUGGUGCGCGACGUCCGGCGAGACCUGGCGUUGCCGGAGCUGCUGGUGAUCCAGGUGGGGAUCGCGACGGGGCAGGGCAAGUUCGUCGAGCCCGUCAGGGAGGCCCAGAAGGCGGUCAGGCUUCCUUUUCUCAAGUACGUCGACGCCAAGGGCCUCCCCAUCGCCAACGACUACACGCACCUCACCACCCCGGCGCAGGUCAAGCUCGGCAAAUUGCUAGCCAAGGCCUACCUAUCCACGCUCUAAUUAUAUCAUUUGCGUUCACUGCUGGCUACUAAGUACUGAUUCAUUCCUCCCCUUCCCCUCUAUGCAAAAUCUGUCAUAUGGAGCGCGUGCUGUAUGUAGGGGAUGAGUAUCUUACCACUUCUUCCUUCAUUCCGGAUUAAAAUAUAAUGUUACUGAUUUUCUUUUUCCCACAAUUAUUACUCCACUACUUUGGUUAUUACACACACACAGGACAGACACCUGGAUUGAUUUCUGGACUAAUGCUUCUUUCUUCCUACUUA